AACUCGAAAUAAGUGCCCGACACAAAUUAUACCGCAGUUGGGCUGGAAGGGUGUAUGGGUUGCAUCGGUAUUCCAAAUACCAGUGAAGGUUGAGCAUAGACUAUUAAUUUCUUAAUAUUAACGGUACCACAUUAAAAUAACUAACAAAAAGAGUUUUCGACACGAGUUUCAUCCGCGUACUUAGUGACCGGAACCACAGUCAUUGCGGCUGCGCAAUAACCAGUUCUUUUUUCCCCGCUUCACGUUGAAAAUGGCGACCCCAGCUAAAGUCAGUAAACCUGAUGGAAAAAAUAACCAUGAUGCUGCAGAUGAACAGGCUGAUAAAGAACAGCAGGAAGCAAUUGAACAAAUAGAUGAAGUUCAAAAUGAAAUUGACAAGUUAAAUGAAAAUGCCAGCGAAGAGAUCCUCAAAGUGGAACAGAAAUACAACACACUAAGGCAGCCUUACUUUAAGAAGAGAUCAGACCUUAUAGCAAAAAUACCAAAUUUUUGGGUUACUGCUUUUGUUAAUCAUCCUCAAGUGUCUGCCUUACUAAAUGAAGAUGAUGAGGAGGCACUUCAAUAUCUCACAAAAGUUGAAGUUCAAGAGUUUGAGGACAUUAAAUCUGGUUAUAGAAUUAAUUUUUACUUUGACACAAAUCCCUACUUUUCAAAUGAUAUGUUGACGAAAGAAUUUCAUCUUAAUGAUACUGGUGACCCUUCAUCACAGUCAACACCAAUUAAAUGGAAAGAAGGCAAAGAUUUAACAAAGAAAGGAAAUGCUACUAAAGGAAAGAAAAGAAGCCAUGAUGACCAGGAAUCAUUUUUUAGCUGGUUUGGUGAUCAUGGUGAUGCUGGCGCUGAUGAACUUGGAGAGGUUAUAAAAGAUGAUAUCUGGCCUAAUCCACUUCAAUAUUAUUUGGCAUCUGAAAUUGAUGAGGAAACCGGUGGAGAUGGUGGUGAAGAUGAUGAUGUUGAUGAUGAAGGGAAUUAUGAAGAUGAAGAAGAGCCAGAUGAGGAAGGUGAAGAGGAGGGUGAAGGUGAAGAGGAGGAUGAAGAAGAGGAAGGUUAAACACUGGACCAUUAAAUUUUUUUAAUGCAUUUUUAAUGUUUUGUUAAAAUAUAAAUUUCAUUGUCAUCAUCUUCAUAGUCUCAUGUCUACAAUUCAAAAAAUAUCUGAUUGGUCAUCAUUAUUCCAUCUUCAAAAAUUUGUUUAUUAAAAUUGUAUUAGUUAUUUGUGUUUGUCAGAUCAAAAAGUUAGUCUUAUAUAUUUUAGAUAUCAAAGCCUUGUCUAACAUAAUUGAUUCCACUGUGCUCAGUGCAAUUCAGACCUGACGGGGUAGUGAGUGCUAAUGGCUCUUUCAUAAAUCUUUUUGUACAUAUUUCAUUUCCAUCUGGCCUAAUUUUUAGAUGAGGCAUGUUGUUUGCUAGAUGUUACGUCAUGUUUUGUUGAACAUCAUGCCAAGCGUUUCAGUAAAUCUUUUCUGUAUUUUUAAUCAGUUUUCUUUUUGUUAAAAUUUUUUUUUUUGAAAGCAUUGAUACAAAUGUCUAUAUAGACAUACCAAAGUGGUUGUUGUAAAUUAAAUGACCAUAUCUAUUAAACAUAGAAUGGUAUUAGAGCAAGUUCUUUUCCAAAUGCAUUCCUAAUUAGCUUUGUAUUUUUUUUAAGGUUUUUAACAGUGUGUAUAGUGGUAGCAUGUUAUUUUUAUGGACUAUGAUGUAUCAAUUUGUAAGACAAGGCUUUUAAUGUCCUUCCACAUUUUUUAUUCCCUGGUUUUAUGUUGGAGAGAAUGCCAGACACUGCGGCCUGAGUUGAAAAAUUAUUUGUCGUAAUUUUUACUGCAGCUUAUUUGUUAUAGCAUUGAUAGAGCUGGAACCCAUAUUGAAGUAAGAUUCUCAUUGGUAUGAGCGUGUCAGAGGUCAGGUUGUCAAACUAUUUUCCCAUCUGGUCUUUGAGGUAUUUGUAAGCUCAUUGCCUAAAAAAAUAAAUGUUGAAAUUGUCUAAA